UUUUUGGCUACCUCCCUUGCAAUGCGCUAAGGCAGGGCUGCCGGAGGCUGCGGGGACAAUCCUCAGGUCCAGGUUUGGGGAGAUAACAUGUAUGCUUGCUGCUCUACGGUGACUCUGGAGCAGGAUCUCAACAGGAAAAUGCAUAUCUGGAUGGUGCAAACCAUAGCCUUCGCUUUAACAUCUCUAGUCCUGGCGUGGGCAGAGAGCAUUGAAUAUUAUGGGGAGAUCUGUGACAACAAAUGCCCUUGUGAGGAAAAGGAUGGCAUCUUGACGGUGAGCUGUGAGAACCGAGGGAUCAUCAACCUCUCUGAGAUUAGCCCUCCAAAAUUCUCCGUUUACCAUCUCCUGCUGUUUGGCAAUCUCCUCAACAGACUCUAUCCCAACCAGUUUGUCAAUUACAGCGGGGCCUCAAUUUUGCAUUUGGGUGGUAAUGACAUCCAAGACAUUGAAACAGGAGCCUUUCAUGGACUGAGAGGCUUGAGGAGGCUGCAUUUGAACAACAACAAGCUUGAAGUACUGAGGGAUGACACUUUUGUGGGCUUGGAGAGCUUGGAGUACCUCCAAGUUGAUUACAAUUACAUCAGUGCUAUCGAACCCAACACUUUCAGCAAGCUACACCUGCUGCAGGUGCUAAUUCUGAAUGACAACCUCCUCUCUUCAUUGCCUAACAAUCUGUUUCGAUUUGUGCCCUUGACACAUCUCGAUCUGAGGGGCAAUCGGUUGAAGUUACUACCUUAUCUGGGCCUCCUGCAGCACAUGGAUAAGGUUGUGGAGUUGCAGCUGGAGGAGAACCCAUGGAACUGCUCCUGUGAGCUAAUAGCUCUCAAGGAUUGGUUGGACAGCAUCUCCUAUUCAGCCCUGGUAGGGGAUGUGGUUUGUGAAACCCCUUUCCGCUUGCAUGGGAGGGAUUUGGAUGAGGUUUCCAAGCAGGAGCUUUGCCCAAGGAGACUCAUCUCAGACUAUGAGAUGAGACCACAGACACCACUUAGCACCACAGGGUAUUUUCAUACCACACCAGCCUCUGUAAAUUCAGUGGCUACAUCUUCCUCUGCUGUUUACAAACCACCCUUAAAGCCCAAAGGGACCCGCCAACCCAACAAGUCCAGGGUGCGUCCCACCUCCCGUUUGCCCUCCAAGGAUCUGGGAUACAGCAAUUAUGGACCCAGCAUUGCUUACCAGACCAAAUCCCCGGUGCCUUUGGAGUGUCCUACAGCUUGCACUUGCAACCUUCAAAUCUCUGAUUUGGGCCUCAAUGUCAACUGCCAAGAGAGGAAGAUAGAGAGUAUCUCAGAACUUCAACCCAAGCCGUACAACCCUAAGAAAAUGUAUUUGACUGAGAACUACAUUGCCCUGGUGCGCAGGUCAGAUUUCCUGGAUGCUACUGGCUUGGAUUUGCUCCACCUAGGCAAUAACCGUAUUUCAGUCAUUCAAGACCGGGCCUUUGGGGAUCUUACUAACUUGCGGAGGCUGUACCUGAAUGGAAACCGGAUUGAGAAACUGAACCCAGAGCUUUUUUAUGGACUUCAGAGUUUGCAGUACCUCUUUCUGCAAUAUAAUGUGAUCCGGGAGAUUGAGUCAGGCACUUUUGAUCCUGUACCCAAUUUACAGCUCUUGUUUCUCAACAACAACCUGCUGAGAUCUUUACCCGUGGGCAUUUUUUCUGGCUUAACUCUCUAUAGAUUAAAUCUGAGGAGCAACCAUUUCUCCUACCUUCCUGUUAGUGGGGUGCUUGACCAGCUGAAAUCCCUGCUGCAGAUAGAUCUUCAUGAGAAUCCAUGGGAUUGUACAUGUGAUGUGGUGGGCAUGAAGUUAUGGCUUGAACAACUCAACACAGGAGUCCUUGUGGAUCAGGUAAUCUGUGAAUCCCCUAAAAAAUUUGCUGAGAAUUACAUGAGGAACAUCAAAGCAGAGCUGCUAUGUCCAGACUACUCUGACAUCAUUGUUUCCACACCCACUCCAUCAUCCAUGCAGGGACCAUCAAGGACCACUCCCUUCUCCAUCUCUGGGCAGUUCAAUAGCACCUUGGAAGGGGAGGACUCAGCAUCGCCUUCUGGUGGCUCUUCCUCCUCUUCUUCUUCCACGGUGCCUUUGUCGGUGCUGAUCCUCAGCCUGCUGCUGGUCUUUAUCAUGUCUGUAUUUGUGGCUGCAGGCCUCUUCGUGCUGGUUAUGAAGCGUAGGAAGAAAGUCCAAGGAGACCAUGCCAGCACCAACAACUCAGAUGUGAGCUCCUUCAACAUGCAGUACAGUGUCUACACGGGUGGGGGAGCCCCCCAUUCUCACCCCCAUGCCCAUCACCAGCAGCAUCCACAGCAUCUUCACCGUGGAGGAGGAGGAGGAGGUGUUCCAGCUUUGCCUAAGGUGAAAACGCCUGCAGGACACGUCUAUGAGUACAUCCCUCACCCUUUAGGCCACAUGUGCAAGAAUCCAAUCUACCGCUCCAGAGAGGGCAAUGCAGGCGAGGAUUACAAAGAUCUUCAUGAGCUCAAGGUGACCUACAGCAACCAUCACCUUCAACCCCAACCCCCACCACCCCCACCAGCCUUGGGGCAGCCUCCAGUGACUCCAGGGGUCCAAGAGGAGACACUCCGGAGCCCCACGUACAGUGUGAGCACCAUCGAGCCUCGGGAUGAGUUACUUUCCCCUGUUCAAGAUGCUGAUUGUUUUUACAGGGGCAUUUUGGAGCCCGACAAACAUCCUUCUUCCACCUUGGGGGGCAGUAGCCUUCCUGAGUACCCUAAAUUCCCCCCUACUGCCUACACCUACUCCCCUAACUAUGACCUUAGACGCCCCCCUCAUCCCUAUUUGCAUCCCGGCCCAGGGGACAGUAGGCUCCGGGAGGCAGUGCUCUAUACCCCACCAAGCACUGUUUAUGUAGAGCCCAACAGGAACGAAUACCUGGAGCUAAAAGCAAAGCUAAAUGCAGAGCCGGACUACCUCGAAGUGUUGGAAAAACAGACCACAUUCAGUCAGUUCUGAGACCUCCUCCUCUCCUCCCAUCCUCCUCUCCUAUCGCAUUUGUAUUUAACAACCAUACACAAUGAAACACAAUGUUGAUCUGCUCCCUUCCAUAUCCUUUUCCUCCCCAACCUGCCUUUGCUUCAUUUUCUUGGAAGGUGAAGUGCCUUGGCACAAGAAUUUCCAGCUUCGGGGAAAGUUACCAAAAGGGUGUGCUGAUUCCAUAGUUAGAGAUUGCUUUGUUUGUUUGUUUGUUUUUCUUUUCCCCCUCCCUCCCUUUCUGUCUUCUACAGCUAUCAGGAACCAACUGAUUGAGUGAAAUAGGCACAGAAUUUGCUCGCCUUUUAAUGCUAUGUGUUGUGCUAGAGGAGGCAUUGGGUUGUGUGGAAAAGACAAAGAAAACAAGGUUCCCCUAUGGCUGGAUGUCAAAGAGAUCAUAGGAAUCACGUAAUCCCUUUCUUUUAUGUUGGAUAUGCAUAGCUGACCAUCUUGUGUUUGUUUGCUUUUCCCCACCAUCACCUUGGUUGAAAAGUGCAGGGCACCAAAUUCCCCUUUUAGCCAUGGAUCAGUUUACAUGGCUUUUGGGGAGGGGAGGGGGCAAGAUUAGCACACCCUGACUUUAAUACAAGAUUGUUUGUUCUUUCCCUUCCCUUUUUUUAAGAAAAAGAAAAAAAAAGAAAGAAAUGAAAACCAAGGAUGUAUUUGUAUGUUUCUGGACUUUUGAAUUAAAAAUCAAUAUUAUGAUCUUUCAGAGGAUCACCAUAGAUGUGGACAAAUCAAUAAAGAGUUCAGAGAUAUAUGAUCCAUAAUUGAUUGGUAAAAAUAACUUAUUGAAAUAUAUACAAAAAUAUUUUAUUGUAGCUCCUAUUUUUAUAUACACAGUAGCAUUUCUUUCACCGUCAGGGUCCAGUUCUCCAGAACAGAAGAGACUGUAGGGUCUCCUUAUGCAUUAUCGGGGAUUUUGGUCUUUAGAUUUAGAGUUAAAAUGGGACAAAACAGGUGUUUAGAAACAUAUGUCAUACAGCUAUACUGGAAACAGUCAGCAAGGAUUGACUAUGCUUCUCUGUGGUAUGUACAUUUGGUGGCAUAUGUCGGUUUGUUGCUGUAUUACCUGAGAAACAGCUAUAGAGCUGGUGAUUUGAGUAAACAUCCUACAAACACUUAAGGUGCUAUCCUGCACACAGAUAAGCUCCUGUUCUCAUAAACAGGGACUUAAGCAUCAUAACUGAGCACAGAAUUGAAGCCUUGUGCAUAUGUGGAACCUUAGCUGAAAGGUUCUACGUGUUUCUGUGUUUGGUGGAACAAUGUUCCUUUUCAGCCAUAAUACUGGAAGUCUGUCCCCCACCCAGUGCAGAUGACCUUUCUAGCUGAGGGCCAGAGGCUGUGAUUUGUUCAGAACCAUUCGGCUGCAUUCCCAGGUCCCCCCCCCCCAAUGCUUCAAACUGCUCUGGAGAAUGUCAUGAAUCAGUGAAAUUGUUAGCCAUCAUGACCAAAAUCUAACAGACAAUCCAAGGUUAAGAUGAAAUUAAAAAUGGGUCAGGGAGAAAAAUAGAUGCAUAUGAUAUAUUUUGUUGUUUCUGUUGUUCACGGCAUCCUUCUGCCAGGGUGACUAAUUGGACUAAUUAGUGAGGGACAUGUAGAAAUUUUCUGUCCGAGCCCAGGUGGUGGAGUUGGUUUAUAGUCAUAAGUCAGCCCAAAUAUCUUAGUUUGACAAUUGCUGUAGCCAAUUUUGGACUGUUCACUCAACUAGAAUCUCUGUUGUGGAGAUCCAUGUAUGUACUGGUACCUGCAAAGGCCAAAUGACAGACUGUGUAAGUCUAUGUAAGUGGUAUCAAUUCCUAUGCCCUCUUGGUUAGCCGGCACAGGCCAAGAGAUCCAUAAAUACAACAUUACUGUAAGAUGGGACAGGUUGUGAUCUCAUAUGUAUCCCAGCACAUGUAUUUUUUUAAUUAGUUUAUGAAUAAACACUUGAUAACAAUUUCAAAUGGAACGAAAUGAAGUAGUCUUUACGUGAAGUUCAGUGUUUUAAUCCUAGUGCCAUAUGUUGCUCUUGAGCAAAAUUUUGUU